GAUCCUGCAUGUACUACGUAUGGACCUGCAGGAAGGCAAGUAGUAACUAGCACGUUAUGCAGAGUCGCGAUGCCCAAUACGGGCUGAAGACCGAGCGACACUCGGCGGCUGAAUACCGCCCGAGCGGGCUGAUAUUAGUGGCGUCUGGUUCCUGCAGGGACCCGAGGUCCAUGCCGACCCACAUAAGUAAAUUCAACCCCAUCCUUCGUUCAUCUUGGCAUAUGUAUGUUCAAGGAACAGAAACCGACACUAGAUGGCGUCUUUAUUGAUUGACAUGCUGCGAUAGUACGCGCCUUGGAAGACGACAAUGUUGAGGUACCCCUGAUGUGCCCAUCUGUCAUUGAGCAGCGAAUCCGGAAGUCGCCCUGCUUGUUUCUCUCCCGUCCCACGAUUGU